AUGGGUCAUCGUCCCCGCCGCGCUGCAUCAUCCGAUGCCUACACUCGGCCGUUCUUCUGGCUUCUGCUUCUCUGCGCCAUCCCCAUCGUCAUCAGUCAAGCCGAUAACCAAAACACGGACGCCUCCCCUGUGCCAUCGCAAGAUCCCCCAGCAGUACCGGCCAGUCCUCCGGUCAUCCCGUGCAAAGCCAAACGUCCGUUUCUAUGCUAUGUCUACCAGGCCCUCGACCAGCCCUUUCCCGACUGGCUUCAACAGACCGAACAGAAGUGUGAACGUUGCGACUCUGACAAAGUUUGCGCGCUCGGCUCCCCGAUCGGUGGCCAUGGUAACGGCCGCAGACUGACGGUUCAUCUAAACUGUGCUCCGCCAUUUUGUAACGAGGAAAACGAUAUGUCUGAGGGAACUGAUUGCAUCAAGGCCGUCAACUUCGAUGGGGACCAGCGAGCGGAUCUGCUGGAAUCGCACCAAGCCUGUUACUGCGAGCACUGGGACCCCGUUGCUACCACCCGAACAGUGGCCGCCGUCUUGGCUAUACUGUAUUGCUUCGGCCGUACCGUGGCGCUACCAUUCUUGCGUCCCUACGAGGGCAUAGAUGUGUCGCUUGAGUUGCAAACCGUUGAUGGAAACUGGCUCGAUGCUUUCGACGAACGGAUCACCGCCAAGCGCAAGUGGCGCAAACUCGGCAGGAAGAUCCGAUUUGCUGAAACGGGUCACGUGGCGCUGCACGCUUAUCCGGAGACUUUGCCGGCACGCGACGCCAUCCCGCCGAAAGACGCCACGGUGGCUGGCACACCUCAACAAGCCACCAAUUCGACGUCGGCGGAUACCAGUGCCGACAAGAACACGGUCUCUGGCGAGGUGAAGGCGGCCCUCAACGAUCCGGUCGCGGUCGCAAGGAGCAUCAUGCGCCGCUUAGCUAAUGCCAAGUCGAUUUGCCCAAGGCCGGAUGGCCGAAAAGAUACUCCAAAUUUUCUCAUCGAUGAGCUGCUGGUGAUGUUCAAGCACGCCAAGGAGAUCGUGGCAAAGCAGCGCGGUGUUGUCCACAUUAGUGGCCCCGUCUGGUUCGUCGGUGAUCUGAUGGGAGAUGUUUUCUACCUGUGCGGCAGCUACGAGGCGGAUCAGAAGGGGUUCCCGAUUAAAGGCUGCACCGGGGACAACCGAGAUGGUUUGAUCAAGGAGAUCGUCGAGUUUCUCCCGUGUCUCCCGCUUUACGCCAUCAUCGACGGCCGUAUUUUGGCGAUGCAUGGCGGGAUCAGCCCGGAGCUGAAGUCGGGAGACCUGCGCAGGGGAUUCGACCCAACUGGCGGCCGAUCCCAAGAACUCCGUCUCGCUUCUCUCACGAGUGAUCCGAACUUCUUGGUGAAAGAAUACGCGAACAAGAAGGGUCCGGGAUACGUGUAUGGCUUCGACGCCGUCAACGCGGCUCGUAAGGCGCUCGGCGUUGACUUCAUCAUCCGUGCCCAUCAGGCGACCAAUGUCGGCGUCCGGUUUUUCGGAGAAUGGCUGCUCUCCCUGUAUUCACAGGUGGAGCAACGAGACGCGGAUGAGCGGGAGCAGCCGCUGGGAGCCGUGCUGCAAUAUGAUGUCACCUCCAGUUUCACCGCCAUCCACUUCCUGAAACUCGGACGCAAGAUUGACACCGCCGGUGUCUUCAUGCAAGAAUUCGACUACCUUGCCUGUCGCGACAGGGCCUUCUCGGAAGCGGGCGUGAUGGCUGGCGCCGUCAGUCCCCCGAAGCCACAGCCUAAGCCCAGCCAAGAACUGCCGAGCGCCCCGGAAGAGGAGCCGGAAGAGUGCGAAAAUCCGCGUGCAUUCCUUUGCUAUGUCUACGAGGCCCUCGACCAGCCCUUUCCCGACUGGCUUCAACAGACCGAACAGAAGUGUGAACGUUGCGAAUCGCCGGAAGUUUGCAAGAUCGGCGCCGUGAUCGCUGGCCAUUUGGACGACGACCACGACCACAACCGACUGUCGGUGUAUGAUGAAUGUCAUCCGCCAUUUUGCAAAGAUGAACAGGACAUGUCAGAGGACACCAAGUGCAUCAAGGCCGUGAAUUUCGACGGGGAUAAGCGAGACGCAGGGGGCGUUGUGACGCUAUUGGCUGUUCUUGUGCCCGCCGGCUUCUUAUAUCACAAGAAGCGCUCAUCGAGGCUGGGGGCUCUCCCGCUGCCGGAGGUCCAAAAGGCCGAGAGCAUCGAACUGCGCGAUGAAGAUACGGAAGGGAAUUGGAUGGUUGACUUUGACAGAGUUAUUUCUGGAGACCCCGCUACGGUGCAGCCAGGCGUCCUCCACUUCGCCAAAGAAGGUCACAUCGCAUUGCAGACCAAGCAGAAGGAAACGCAAAAUACACCGUCGCCACUACAAGAAAUCAAGUGCCAGCAGCCUGAUGACCCCGUCGCCAUCGCCAAGAAUAUGAUCCAGGUGCUGGGCGGUGCUGAUCUGUAUUUGCAAGCGAAUAUUGGACAGAUUUUCUACCUCUUCGGUACAUUGGAACGUAUGCUGGAAGAGACUGGUGCAAAAUAUAUCGACGAAGACGAAGCCGAAGGAACGGCUGGUGACCGGCAGAUCGUAAUGAAGAAAGCCGUCGAUCUCUUCGUUGGCAGUAUGCCACUCUACGCUACCGUCGACGGCCGGCUUCUGGCGAUGAGCGGCGGGCUUUGCCCGGAACUGACGCCCAAGGACAUUCGUGAUGGCUUUGACCCGACGGACUACCGGAAGGCGCGCUUGCGCAGUGGAACCAGCUGCAGCGACCCGCAUUGGCUUACGGCCCGCUACGCACGCAAGCCGUGCCGGGACUUCAUCGGUUAUUUGUUUGGACAGGCCCCGAUUACCGAAAUUCUUGCCCAGCUGGGAAUGGAUUUCAUAAUCCGUGGCCGCCAGAUAGACAAUUCGUCGAGCAAAAUGGGCGCUGUGCUACAAUACGAUGGCGCUACGCGUCUCACGACGAUCCGCUUUAUUCACGGCCAUUAUUACAAAGAUCGUGACGAGUUCGUGAAUGCUUUUGAUUCAUCUGCUGCUGAUAAGGAUAUCUUUGCGACAUGCCCGAUAGGCGUCUCGUCAAAGAAUGCCGCCAAUAGUUCGGAAUGGCCCCCGGAGAAGAGCGAAUCGAACGAAUCGAAGCCGGAAGGCGUCCCCAAG